AACCCAUCUCACACUACUCCUCAGUCCUCAACCAAACCAAUAAAUAAUUCCAAAGAAACCUCUCUCCUUUCUCAUUCUCGCAAAACAACCGCAGAACUUUCAUUUUGUCACUCGAACCCAAAAUGGGACGACUCCUGAACUACAGAACGGCCACCUUGGUCGUGGCUCUCCUCGCGACGAUGGUUGCGUCGGCGUUUUCCGCAAACUUCUACGACGAGUUCGAUCUUACGUGGGGAGGAAAUCGCGGGAAAAUCUUCGGAGGAGGCAGAAUGCUGUCUCUGGGUCUGGAUCGGGUUUCCGGGUCGGGUUUUCAGUCCAAGAAGGAGUACCUGUUCGGAAGGAUCGAUAUGCAGCUCAAGCUCGUCGCCGGGAACUCCGCCGGAACCGUCACCGCCUACUACUUGUCGUCGCAAGGACCAACACACGAUGAGAUAGACUUCGAGUUUCUGGGGAAUGAAACAGGACAACCUUAUGUUCUUCACACGAAUGUGUUCACACAAGGCAAAGGCAACAGAGAACAACAGUUCUAUCUCUGGUUCGACCCCACCAAGAACUUCCACACCUACUCCAUUGUCUGGAGACCCCAACACAUCAUUUUCUUGGUUGACAGUGUGCCGAUCAGAGUGUUCAAGAACGCAGAACAGUUGGGUGUUCCUUUCCCCAAGAGCCAGCCCAUGAGGAUCUACUCGAGUCUCUGGAACGCAGACGACUGGGCCACAAGGGGCGGUCUGGUUAAGACUGACUGGUCCAAGGCUCCAUUCACGGCUUACUACAGGAACUUCAACGCAGCGGCUUGCACUGUCUCAUCUGGUUCCUCCUUCUGUGACCCCAAGUUCAAGAGCUCCUUCACCAAUGGUGAUUGGCAGGUGGGCAAUGAGCUCAAUGCCUUUGGAAGAAGAAGACUUAGAUGGGUCCAAAGGUAUUUCAUGAUCUAUAACUACUGUGCUGAUCUGAAGAGAUUCCCUCAGGGUUUCCCUCCAGAGUGCAGGAGCUCCAGACUCUGAUCAAAGUCCGAGGAUGUUGUGGUUGAUGUGUUUGCCAUCAUGGUGGAAUAAUUUGAUUUCUUCAUUUGUUAUGCUCUUUCUUUAGUUUGGUUUGUCCUAUGACCUCCCUCUGUAUAUCAGAUCUCCAAUCAAUAAACUUUUUUUCCAGUUUAAGUGUUCA